AUGUCUUUUGAUACAACAAGCUCCAACACUGGCCUGAUUGCUGACGCCUGCGUCCUCCUAGAACAGAAACUUGAUCUUCUUCAAACGUUAGAAGGAUUUUGCUUGAUAAAUCCAAAGGAAAAAGCGAUAAAAAUUUCUUUCAACGGAAGUAAUUAUUUUCUGUUUUCUCGUCCCGAAACAAUUGAAGAAGUAUUGAAAAGUUAUAAUACGAUUAACAAACAUAGAUUAUAUAAUGGCUUACAUUCUUUAAUCGGAACAGGACUCAUUACUAGUUCAUACAAAAAAUGGAAGGCACGACGGAAGAUGUUAAAUCCUGCAUUUCACUUUCGAAUUCUCGAAGAUUUCCAAGAAAUCUUUUAUAGAAAGUCGGAAACUUUAGUUCAGAAGUUAGAAAAUAAACGUGAAUCCGAGGUGUUUGAUAUAAUUCAAUUAACUUCACGUUGCACUCUGGAUGUAAUUACGGAGUCGGCGAUGGGGAUUCAUGUAAACGCUCAAGAUGAUUCCAACACCGAAUAUGUACAAGCCGUUGAACGUAUUGAUAUGUCACCUUGCCCGAAAGGUAUUCGAGGACACGCCUUUCGAGAAACGGUACUAAGGAAACGAAAAUAUUUCGAAUUUGCUCGUAUCAAUUUCGUAGCCGAUGCCAGCGCUUGUAAUAUAACCGAAAAUCGUUCUAUUAGGUUCUUGUUAACACCGGUUAUCUCUGCAAUAAGAGUGGCAUUCGAAAAGAAUCUUGCCGAAUUACUGUCGUUGGUGUUUCCACCACCUUGCUUGGGAGUAUCCAGAAAAAGAAAAGAAUUAAUCAAACGAAAUCAACACAUGGAUGAUUUUCAAGUAGAAAAAAAUACUUUAGGAAUAAAAAAGAAGAGAGUUUUUCUGGAUUUGCUUCUAUUUCAUCACCUGACAGACAAAACUCUUUCUGAAAAAGAUGUCAAAGAGGAAGUCGACACAUUUAUGAUUGAUGGAUUCCAUACCGUAACCGUGGGUAUCGGAUGGACUUUAUAUCUUUUAGGAUUGCAUCAAGACAUUCAAGAAAAGGUGUUUGAGGAAUUGAAAGGGAUUUUCGCUGAUGAGAAAAAUAGGAUGAUAAAUACAGAAGACUUAAGAAAGAUGAAUUAUUUGGAAUGUGUAAUUAAGGAAUCGAACAGAAUUUAUCCACCUGUUCCAUUAAUUCUGAGAAGAAACGUUUCAGAAAUGAAAGUAGGAGACUUUAUAUUACCACCAAACUCUUCCAUUAUGAUAAAUAUUCACGCACUUCAUCACAAUCCGACCGUCUACGAGAAUCCAGAAAUUUUCCAUCCGGAUCGAUUUCUUCCAGAGAAUUUCCAGAAACGUCAUCCGUACGCAUUUUUACCUUUUUCUGCCGGUCCACGUAAUUGCAUCGGUCAAAAAUUCGCCACGAUGGAGAUGAAGACUGUCCUAGCCAACGUCAUUCGAAAUUUUAGAGUUUAUUCAUUGGAUCCUCGCGACAAGAUGUUCGAAAGUUUAGAUGUCGUUCUGCGACCAAAAUAUGGAAUAAGAAUGUAUAUUAAACGGCGAUGAGGAUUUAAGGCGUUUGCGUGUGACAUUAUCGCUAUUACUUCUGAAAAUUAAAAUGAUUUAAUGGACUGAAUUUUAUGAUGAUAUAAUAGACUUAUAUACGUUGUGUGAAGUUUUUAUUAAUAAUAUAUAAAUAUUGGAAACUCAAUUUCUAAAUUAAAUUAGAGAAUACGAA